AUGUUCUCAAGUGGCGACCACGAAUCGGAAGACGUCGGAAGGCCCUCUAGGGCAACUGACGACAUCGUAAGAGUCGCGGGCAACCGGUGGAUGCUAAUGGAAAAGUGUCGUUCGUUGUGGCAUUUUAAGGGGGAGGGCCUAGGUUCAACAGUGGAGGUCUUGUGGCUGAUGAUGAUGGUGCCUCACUUCGCGGGGGAAAAAUGCGGCAGUGUGCGCCGACCCGCGCGCGUAGCUUAUGAUAUUCAGCGUACGCUCGUGCGGCAAAAAGCGGUCUCCGCCAUUUCGGCCGCGCGCGCGCACUCUCCGGUUAUUACGGGAAAUCUUAUGUUAAUUACAAUUAUAUACUUGUACGCCGCGCCGCAGCGUUGGCUGCCGUCGCGCUGCGGCGUCGCGCCAAACUGGCCCUUAUUAUGUCGCGUUAAAGGGCAAAUUCGCGUCGAUGGGGACGCCAUACUAAUUGCGCGCUGCUCGGUCCGCCGCCACGAGAACCGUCACAUGCGACGCGCCGGCAAAAACGGGUAUCCUAUACAAUUU